AAACUAUAACUACUGUAAACCUACUCAUGCAUUGCUUCUAUUUUUUCGAAUGCAUCCUUUAACAUUUUGUCUUAUACCCUUGAUCUUGUAAAUACUUAUUUUUGGACUAAAACUGUCAUUUGUUUCAAUCAAAUGCCAAAUUAGAUAACAGACCACGCUGAAUACUUGGAACUGGUAUAUACAGUAUUUCGGAUAACUAUAGCAAAUUAUGAUAAUAUAAUGAGACUAUGCCAAUAUAUUAACAACCACUCUAGGUAUCCAAGAACCAGAGAUAAAAAAAUUAUAGGCACACUACUAGUGUAUGCGAUGUCAGUUUAGAUAUGGUCGCUUAAUUAUUCGCGAAUUGGAUUAACAGGAAAUAAUUCAUUUUUAAUAUAGAUUCGAGAAUGACAAAUUUCUGGUUUUGCGUUAUUCUUUCAUUUACUUUUAAACAAGUUAGUUUGCAAACUGACGAAAACCACGAUCCUUUAAGAGUAGGUGAUGCCAAAAAGAACAAGUCUAGUCCGUAUAUCACUCUAGGAGUACUUCUACCAAAUGACACCAAAUACGAUUUCGCAGCAUGGGCGACUAACUACGCAGCCGUACAAUGGGCGGUCGAUGAUGCAAUGGAUAAAAAAAUGUCCGAUAAGCUUAAUCUGACAAAAGUGUCAGACUACAACAUCACGAUCAAGUAUGUCGAUACAGAGUGCAAUUCUAAGGUUGCCCUUGGUCGAGCCGUUUAUUUGAGAAAUGUUGAAAAGGUUGAUGCAUUUAUAGGUCCCGCCUGCUCUUCCGUUACGGACGGAAUAACGAGUCUAGCCGCAUACUGGAAUUUCCCUGUGUUUUCACACGCAGCAAGUCGACCCGACUUGUCCAAGAACCCGACCCUUGUGCGUGUGAUGCCUUCAUAUACUCGACUAGGCGAGGCUUACCGUUUGAUACUUAAUCGUUAUGCAUGGACAAACGUUCAGUUACUUUACACAACGUAUAUUGAUAAGAGCAUCGGUAUCGAAACUGAUCGGAGUGAGGAUCAAAAGUAUCGAUUCCAGACAUUUGCCCGAGAUGUGGUGAAAGAUACAUUGGGUGAAAUGCAGGCUAAAAAUAACUUUUCAUUUGACGAAGAACAACUGCCUAAUGAUGAUUAUAGCACCACUCAGAUUAAACUGAUCUUGGAAAAAUUCAGAAAAAGGGGAAGAAUCGUUAUUUUGCUGUUGGAUGAGGAUCAAAUGUUGGAUGUAUUGAGGACAUCAGCAGAAGUUGGGUUUGAUAAGAAGCAGUUUGUUUUCCUUGUGACGUAUGAGCUCAUACCAACGCAGGGUAAAGUUGGGACGCCAUGGUUACGUGGUAAGGGCAGAGCUGGUGAUGAGUCAUUGUUUGACAACGUGUUUCAGGUAACGGCUGCAAGUAUGUCCGAUGAUAUAGCUUGGAAGGAUGAAUUAACAGCUAAGGAAUUCAGAGUAGAAUUGACUAAAAGAAUGAGAGAGCAGUACAAUUACGGCAAUGACAAAGUGACUGAAGGGUCCAUAUAUUCAGUAUUCUUGUAUGACACUGUACUCGCAUACCUAACUGCCGUGAACAGAGUGAUUAAGAAUGAUAAGAAUGAUCCAAAUGUGAACCCAUUCAGCGGAGAUACAUUACUCAGUGAGGUUCGAAAAAAAGACUUUAGAUUUAGUGGUCGAUCGGGAGAAGUGUCUUUCGAUACAAGUAAUGGAGACAGAUUUCCAAACUUCACGAUAUUACACAAAGGCAGAGAUAAAUUUGAACCAUUUGCAUAUAUGUACCUGUCCAACGACCAGAACAAACAGUUGACGUUCGAUCAGAUAGUGUCACCAAAUUUCUAUACGUCUGAUAAAAGUCCUCCCCCGGCAAUACCAAAGUGUGGUUACAGUGGUACACUGUGCCCAAGAGAACUACAAGACGGCGAGAUAGCUGGCAUUAUAUCAUCCAUAGCAAUUAUCCUAACUAUUGGUGUUAUUGGAGGCAUCAUUUUCCUUCAAAGGAAGCGUAAGGCAGAAGCUGAACUAUUACAGAGCAUAUGGAAAAUCCCAUAUCAGCAGAUUACUCCAGCGAACCUUACAAAGAAAAGACCUGAAGGAAAGAGUCAUAGUACAAUAGGAUCUAAGGUCUCAAUGAACACGAAUGAGCACAGUGAACAGGGUGCGCACGCAUCCCCAUCUAAAGUUUUGGCUGCGGCAGGGGGUGCUGGAACUGCAGGUGCUGCAAUAAUAGAUCAGAACAUUAAAGUAGGCAUAUACAAGGGGUACACUGUGUAUCUAAAGCCACUGAACCUUUCUGUAUUGAUGUCUUUGACCAAGGAGGACCAUCAGGAAAUGAAGGAUAUGAAGGAUUUGAAUCAUGAGAACAUCAACAAGUUUUUUGGACUGACCGUGACCAAUGUGAACGCUGCUAUUGUGUCAUUCCACUGUCCUAAAAACAGUUUAGAGGAUAUCAUCAACAAUUCUGACAUCAAACUGGACUUCAUGUUCAAGCAUUCAAUGUUGUGUGACCUGGUAGAGGGUAUGAAGUAUCUACACAGUUCCCCACUGGGGUCACAUGGCAGUCUUAAGAGCAGCAAUUGUUUGGUAGACGGACGUUGGCAGUUGAAGAUUGGAGACUAUGGUCUUAGUAGAGUACAUCUUCAGGCAAGAAUUGAUGCUGGGGAAGAUUCGGAUUACUAUGCCAAGUUAUGGACAGCUCCGGAAUUGUUAAGAAUGACCAAUCCCCCACCAAGUGGAACACAAAAAGGGGACGUUUACAGCUUUGCAAUCAUCUUGCAUGAACUGAUGCUGCGUGAGGCACCUUACACACAAUGUGACUCCUCCCCAAAGGAAAUUGUGAAAAGAGUCGCCCGAGCAGAGAAUCCGCCAUUCCGUCCAAUGGUGACCCCGGAAACAAAUUUGGAUGAAAUCAUCAAAGAUCUUAUGUACGAUUCAUGGCAAGAGAACCCUGAAUUCAGACCUACUGUAAAUGAACUAAAGAAACAAGUCAUGAAAAUGAACAACGGAAAGCGAGUAAACAUCGUGGACAGAAUGUUGGUGAAAAUGGAAGCUUAUGCAAACAAUCUCGAGGAAAUCGUUGAACAAAGAACGUCACAACUUAUGGAGGAAAAGAAAAAGACAGACAAGCUGUUGUACAAAAUGCUCCCUGCGGUGAUUGCAGACGAAUUGAAACAGGGGAAGACAGUGGAGCCUGAAAUGGUGGACAGCUGUACAGUGUUCUUCAGUGACAUAGUUGGAUUCACAACUCUAUCAUCCAAAAGUACACCGUUUCAGAUUGUGAAAUUCUUAAAUGAUCUUUACACAAUGUUCGAUGAAAUUAUAGAGAUGUAUGAUGUUUACAAGGUUGAAACUAUUGGAGAUGCAUAUAUGGUGGUAAGUGGGAUUCCAGUAAGGAAUGGUGACCGCCACAUUGUUGAGAUUGCCAACAUGUCUCUACAUCUCUUAAGCUCUAUCAUGAAAUUCAAGAUUUCCCAUGUUCCUGGAAAAGAACUAAAGGCGAGGAUAGGCAUUAACUCUGGGCCUUGUGCAGCAGGUGUAGUUGGCCAUACAAUGCCCAGAUAUUGUCUGUUCGGAGAUACAGUGAACAUGGCGUCUAGGAUGGAAUCUACAGGAUUACCUAGUAAGAUACAACUAAGUCCAACUGCUCACAAGGCACUAAAGAUGCACAUAGGAUACAGCACAUCUGAGAGGGGGUCUGUUGAAGUAAAGGGUAAGGGAAAGGUUGUAACUUACUGGCUAGAAGGACACAGAGACUUUCACCGCCCUCUCCCAGUAUUUACAGAAGAAGAGGAGGAGUCGCACAAUAUCACCGACAUCAAAGAUAUGAUGAAAACCUUAAAUAGAGAUACAACUUACAACAUCCAGGAGUACAGCAAAGAAAAUUCAGAUAUGGAAAAGGGAUCAAAUAUAUCCAUGUCUGUAUGUUGACGAGAGGAAUACAUUUCCCGCUGUAGGGGAUAAAUGGACCUUUAAGUACCCAAUCCCUCAUUCGAUCUUCAUUUGUUAUAUAUUCUGGGGUGAUAUAUUUGGAUUUUUUGUUUAUAAGGUAAACAACUUAAAUGACAAUGUAUCUUUAGUUGUACAUUGAUGUUAUCAUAAGAUUUCCUUAGUGAUGCUUUUUCUUUGAAUUUUUCUUUCAUUUCGACUCGUCUUUUCCUAUUUUGACACCUCAUCAUUCUUCAGUGUAAUUAACCUGUUUUAAGAGCAUUCGUUCCAAUCAUGGUCAAUAAUUAAGGACUGCAUACAAAGGGGCGGGGUGGAUACCAGGAUAGAGUGUUAAAAUUAUCUUGCACCAACGGGAAGAGUACUAGUAUAGUAUCUCUCAGAAAGUGUUUGCUGUUGUGUGUAUUUACUUUAAAACAACAGCUGUUUAGCGUUUUGCUCACAAUUCACAUUUAACUUAUGUAGUAAAAUAAUUAUAGUAAAUAUGCCUAUGCGAGAAUAUCAAUUAAAGUGAUAUUGGACACUUAUUUU